AUGGGACCUCCAUCAACUAUUCCAAUACACUUCAACUAUGAAAAACAGUCGGAUCAUUCGCUUUUUAAGCUCUGGAAAUUAACCAACGACUUACUGUAUAUAAAAUGUCCAGAUAUUUCAACAACCGAACGACUCAAUAACCGAUCUUGGAGACUACUCAACCAGCGUGUAUUGAUGUGCUGCCAACACCUACACGGAGACACUUCCCGGGGGUUUACGUCUCUAGACAAUCGUGACUCAAAAUCAAACUGCACAGAUGAGCUAAAUGAUCUUUUCAAAGAGAACUUGAAAGAUUUAAAACCAAAAACCACUCAAUUUUUAGCCGAACGACCAACAUUAUUUAGUCAUUCAUCGAAUUUUAGUCUACAACAUAGAAAACAGAGCACCCAGACAAGUUUGGAAUCUUUUGCUUUGGAAAAACAGGAUAAGCAAUCCUUGUCUGGUGGCAACGUGGAUCAUAUUCAUGAAGAACAACAUAUACUCGAGUCGGAUAUGUCAGAUAUCUCCGAGAUUUCUGAUGACGAUGAUGAUGAUGAUGAUGAUAAGGACGAUGAAUAUGAGGAAGAGGAGGAGGAGGAGGAGGCUGAAGGGGAAAGAAAGCAGCCACAACACAAACUACAUGAUGAAAAAUCACUGCAAAACGAUCGGAAAGCAUGUUCCAGCCCGAAACAUUUUAUGCAAAUUUCAUCAAAUAAAUCGCUACAACCUCACUCAGCCUCGCUGCAUCAGUCAGACAGAGUAUCACCGCUUAGUGUUCAUCAUAACCAAAGUGAUACUUUUUUCUUGGGAAGCUCUUCAUCUAGCUCAAAUCGCCACGACCAUUUUCCCAAAUCUCAAUCAUCUACUUCAGACCGUAAAGCAUCACCAUUGCAUCAAAUUGAUCCAAAAAGUCACACCGAGAAUGGUGCUUCAAGUACUUUGUCGGCACCUACCGAUUCGGAACGAACUCAAGACCCUCUUCAACAACCUGGAGUACAGCGACAGAAUUCUUUAUUCAACAACUUUAACUUCCAAGAUAACUCAUUGGAAAUAUUGAAUGGAUCUCGAAAAACGUCGAAUCAAACCGUGGAUGAGAUCGAUCUUCGUCAGAACAAAGGUUAUUGCUCGUCAACUGAUAUUUCGGAAGAUGAAGCUCUGGCCGAUGAAGUAGGCGACGAGGGAGAAGAUGAGGAUGAGGGGGGCGAUGACAAACUAGAAGAGAAGGGAUGUAUUGAACAAGACAAACAAAAUAAAACCACAGUUGCUCAAUCGCAAGUUUCGUCACAUAACGUGAGUGUGGAUUUCAAUAGUACGAGGAAAAACUCGUCUGCCACUACUUCCAACAAGGAUGACAAUGAUAGUGAGUGGGUUUCGGUAUACUCCAGCUCAAUCAACUCUACUGCCGCAUCUUCGAAAAGCGUACCAAAGAAUCAAUCUUUAAAUUUCACUAAAGUUGAGCCACCAUCGUCUGUCUUGUCUAGUGAGACAAUAUCAUCGAUGGAUAACAAGAGAAGGAAUUCGAACUCAACACCCAUCCUCAAUAAGCCUAAAUCCUUGUUGUCGGGCUUGUUUCUUAACGAGAUGGUCCAUUCGCAAUCUUCUACACCGGUUCCGGUGACCGAUAAACCAAAAUUGUUACGAUCGACAACUACCGGUGUUUUGACAAUUGAUGAAGAGAAUAAGCGACCAUCAUUGUUAUUUACGCGCAAAUUUCCAUCGUACAGUGAUAUCCCGCCUCUUGGCAGGCGCGUCCAAUCCCCAGCAUCAACUGCAACAAAUAGGACAAACUCAUCAUCCUCGGCCUCGGAAAGCUUAGUAGCUGUUGAUGUCAAUAACAGCUUUGACAGUAAUGCCACUCCGCUCAAGAAACAAGGUAGUAGUGUGGGGAUAUCUGACAUCAAUGUUUCGAAAGUGCCCACUGCCAAGACCACUGUCGACGAAGAACAUGAAUUGUUAUCUCAUAGCUUGAACAAAUUUUCAAGGUCAGUGUCGCAUCACUCAUUGAUUAACCUCUUAUCAAAAUCGUCCAUCAAUUUGAGCCGCAUCUACAUCAAUUCCAUGACCAAAUUGAAACUGGAGAGUAACCACCACAAUCGUAACUAUAGUGGUAAUUUGAAAUUAUUUGACUCCCCACAAUCAAAAGCAAGUGCUGAUUCGGACAAGAGUGGUAGUGGUGGGAACGGACAGGUCUCGCCGAUAAUUCAACCAAAGCCAGCGGUACUUGAGGCAGAACAUACUCGCAAACAUUCACCCAGCUCAUUAACAUCUACGUCGGAAAUCCUCCUAAACUCGUCCAAGGCAUUAGCCACACCUCCUGCCUCAGCGCCAGCACCAGCGCCAGCACCAGCACUUCCUAAAAUCACCACCACUGAUACUGCUUUAGAAAACAACAAGAAGGAAGAUGCCAAUGCUGGUGCCAUUCCCAUCAAUGCGUUAAGUGCUGAGGAAAAAGAGUUGAUGGAAAACAAUGAGCUUAGUUCAUCAUUACGCGAGGCAUUGCUCAUUGAUCAUAAGUUGGGGAGAGUUGCUAUGCCUGAUGGCGUGAUGGUCAAGAAGUCUAUCGUUGGUGGAGAGCUGGUUGAUGAAGGCGUGUUUGAUGAUUAUCAUGCUAAAGGGUGGUAG